AUGGCUCCUAAAACUACCGAGAUCGAGACAAUCCAGGAAGGCGACGGAAAGGUCUUCCCAAAGAUCGGAGACACCGUCACCAUCCACUACACCGGUACUUUGGAGAACGGCAAGAAGUUCGACUCCUCCCGUGACAGAGGCAAGCCUUUCCAGUGCACCAUCGGUGUUGGUCAGGUGAUUAAGGGCUGGGACAUUGGUAUCCCCAAGUUGUCUGUUGGUUCUCAGGCCAAGUUGACCAUUCCAGGCCACGAGGCCUAUGGUCCUAGAGGCUUCCCAGGUCUCAUUCCUCCUGAUGCCACCUUGGUCUUCGAUGUCGAGUUGUUGGGCGUUAACUAA